UCUACGAGUUUUUCGCGCCGGCGUCUCGUGGUAGAGGUAGUGAGCAAACACACGCCCGUACUCUCUCUCUCCCGCCUUGACGUACCUACCCACCUUACUGAAGCGGGGAAACUUCCUUGCAGUUGAGAUGCCGCAACGACCCGGUACACUAUCGCGUUCUACGGGUUCGACAAGCUCGUGGAUUUGCGCCUAUGGCAUGUUCCUGGCUUAGAUCAACGCAUUUGUUGAAAUCGGUGAGACUAGUAGCUAAAAGAUUAACUGACGCUAUCUAAUUAUUUUCUUAUGUCUCCAAUAUGAGCUGAAUAGCACAUUUAUGCGUCCCCUGCGUAUAUUGUGUUAGUGUGUGCGUGCGCGUAUGUGAAUCUUCGAGCAUUACGACGUCGUACCUGCGGACUCUGCUUGUUCCCCGGGUCUUGUUGCAAGCUUCGAUUGUUUGUGACCGUGAACCCGUCUGUUGCCGUGGAAGGUGCCAUACAUUUUCGACCGUCGUUGUGACACGAAAGUUGGGAAAUUGGACAACGUACUCCAUGUCAUGAGGUUGCCUUCUUCAGUGUACUUGAGCCCCGAGAGAGACGGCGGAAGCGCCCCAUGUCCAUCAUCGGGGAUGGCCAGAGGCCACGCCCUUUCUUCUACGUGGCGCACCAGCGCCCCCUGGCGAAGGCGACGGCGAUGGUCCCUGGUGCAGUGGCUACUCCCUCCGCUCCUGCUGUUGCUGCUUCAAUGCGCUUCGACGGCUGACGCCGGACGGGCCUCGCCCGCAGCGCAGCGGAUGAGGCACCGGUCCCACCACUGGGUCACAGGUCCGUGGCUUCCUUGCGUUAUGGAGGAUGGCUACUGCGGGCAGGGCUGGCAAGGUCGAAGCGUUCGCUGUGUGGACGUGCGAGGCGACGCCGUCCGAGAACGACACUGCCACCGCCACGUCCGGCCACGCGCCGUACAGCCCUGCAGCAUGGAGUGCGAUGACGGUAUUGGGGCUACGCAUCGACAGUCCCUCAGGUGGCAAGCCGGCGAGUGGAGUCCUUGCGACGAUGUCAACGGGCGGCCGCACCUACGGAGCCAGUGCAGACCCGAAGCGCGGGACGCUGAGGGUCUUGCCCGGCGAAACGUAAGCUGCGUCUUCGAACCAGAGGCAGGACCUCCUCGGGUCGUGGACGCGGUGGCGUGCGCGCACCUGCCGCAGCCGCCGAGCGAAAUGGCAUGCGCCAUCAGCUGCCCACAAGACUGCGUGGUCACACCGUUUGAGCCUUGGCCGGCAUGCGACAACGUUACUAGCUCGAACAGUUGCAAAGUGCACAGUGUGGUUCGACGUCGUGUCGUGCUCGUCGGUCCAUCGAACGGCGGCGCCGAGUGCCCCGCUCUUUCCGAGACCAAAAAGUGCCCGGCGCGACCGGGUUGCCGCGAAUGGCGCAAGCGCAAAUCUCGCAGGAAAGCACCCUCCACCGACUACGUGCUCCGAGUCGGGCCCUGGGGCGAGUGCCAAAGCGAUUACCUCAUGACUGUACAGCCCCUGGCGACUGAGGAAGGCUCCGAGUUGCCGGUCGCUUCCCGACAACCGCAGCUGGGAACACGGCGGAGGAAAGUUGUCUGCAUGGACAGCAACGGUGUCUUCGUAGACAUUGGGAAAUGCAGACAAAGCGAUGGUAAGCAGCGUCCGCUCCCGCACGACGCCGAGUCGUGCGUCGUGCCCGUAGACUGUGGCGUCUCCCCGUGGUCUCCGUGGCACCUAGAGCGUGAGGGCUGCCAGCUGGACAGCGGAGAAACCUGGCACGGCGGUCAGCGGCUGAGACGCCGCAUGCGAUACGUGCAGCAACUUCCUUACGGUGCUGGAAGGCCCUGCCCGCCGUUGGUUGAGACAGCGCUCCAGCAAGAUCGACUGCCGUUGUGUUCCAGCCACCAGAAGCGCAUCACGCAUCCAGGCGGGCUUCCAGCAGCUGUGACCGGCACCCGGCCCCUUCCGAAGAUAACCGCCAACUUGGCAAUGGGCGAAGAGAGUCGUUUCAGUGGCAGGAAGAAGCCUAUCGUCGCCGAGAGGAUCCUGGGAACGGUGAAGUGGUUUAAUGUCAAGAACGGCUAUGGCUUCAUCAACCGCAACGACACUCACGAGGACAUCUUCGUCCACCAGACGGCCAUCACGCGCAACCACCCACAGAAGUUGCUGCGCAGCGUUGGCGAAGGUGAGACCGUCGAGUUUGACGUCGUGGUCGGCGAUAAGGGCUGCGAGGCAGCCAAUGUGACCGGACCCGAUGGUGAGCCUGUUCAGGGUAGCCCGUACGCGGCCGACAGGCGCCCGUUCCGACCCCGCUGGAUUCCACGUCGCAAUCAACGAAGGCGCGGGCCGGCGUCAAGGCGUGGCCGAGGGGAAGAUCGAAGGGAGGAAGCAGGAAACCGAGACUCAUCGCGGUCACUGCCACCGCACCAGGACCAGAGCGACCCGGCUCCUAGACGGUGGAUCAUGGACGGCGUGGGGAGGCCCUACCCUUGGCGAUACAACCAGCGUUUCAGAGGAGUACGGGGAGGUAACGGCGGAAGUGGCAACAGGAGCCAGGAGGACUUCCAGGACAGAGGGAGUGCCCCUUCGUGGCAACGACCUCCUCCGAUGUACCGACACCCAAGGUCCCACCGACGCAGAACGAAGUCACCAUCCAAGAAGGCCGGGGCCCGUAAUCGACGCGAGAACGAGGCGAGCAGCGGCGGAGACUCAUUGGAGAGCGUGCAAAGCACUGAGAAGGAGCCUAUUUCACCAGAAGAACCAGGACACUCGGCACCGACGGCUCCACCGCCGAUUGGUUAUUUUUCGAAGGUGGAUGUGUUGGCCAAGACAGUGAUGCGGCGAGGUCUGCCUUAA